AUGUCCUCAUCACCAAACGAGUCAAAGGCUCUGUGUGACUACCUCGGGAUAGAGGAGGAGGUGGACUAUGGUAGCGAUACCAGUGUCCGUGGUGAUACAGGGACAAUGUCCGGCUCACUGAUGCCUGAGGCACAACCUUUGAACACCGCAAAUCCGUUCGCUGAACGUGGAGGUGCGAGCGCGCCACCAGCGCAGUAUGCAGCGUCUGGGUCUGAUGAGACUAUCAUCACGAACCCGCUCGAUGAGCAACAACAACUGCUUGUUCAAAGAGAAGAAAACGCUCAGCGUCAUGUACAAAUGACUGUAAUCCUUGAACUCCAGCGUGACUAUGUGUUCACCCCACCCAGUGUGGAGGAACGUCUACGUCAAGCGGCCGGCCAUACAUUGGCAACGUGGGUCAUUGGCCAUGGGCAUAAGACUCCUGAGGAGGUGGUGAGCUGCCAGGCACUUCGCGAGAGGUACCUGGAGCCGCACCUAACGACUCAAAGUCAAUACAGGGCACGCCUUGACAUGCAAGCGCGUGGUAAACCGGUUCCACCGAUCAAGGGUAUACCCAUUCUCUUGUUCGCAGGCGAAAAAGUGAGCGAAGAAGACAAUGCCUUCGUUCACUGGGUGCACUAUGUGCGUCGCAUCAGCAACAUCUUUGCUCAGAGGGCUAGUGCCAGUGUGGCUGACGUGGGUCUUGAACGCAAGCUUCGGUAUGAUUAUGCCAAGCUUAAGUUCAGAGGCCAAUUGCGCAAGCGCACGCGCUAUGCUUCGGCUACUAAGGUAGCCGCGAGGGUGCUGGUCAGUCUGUGGCCAACAACCCGCCAACCCGCACCACUAGUGGCGGGGAACGGCCUCGGCCUCGGGUGA